GGAUAUGAUUUUUACUGUAACUGACAAUAUUUAUACCUGACAUAUUUAAAACAUUUACCUGGAUUCUAAUAAGUUAAAAACAUUAAACGAUGGUUAACGACGUGUGUUUCCAUAUCAUUAUUUGCAUUUUGCACAUGAUGGUAAAUAUGUAUAAACCUGCCAGUCCAACACGGCGGUACACAUCUUGUGAGACAGGACAAUUAGCGCCCAAAAUCUGUACGCUCAUCGGUACCUACUGUGUUACAUGCAACAAUAACACACAUUGUAGCGAAUGUAGGCCAGGGUAUUGGGACAUUAGAUGCGGAACAAUUUGUUCAAUUGGUUGUAACACAACAACGUGCAGUCUACUGGAUGGGUCUUGUACCUGUGAACAAGGUUUUCAUGGAUCGACAUGUCAAGUUCCUUGCUCUGAAAACUGUCUCACAGACACUUGUGGACCUAACGGUGAAUGUGGUUGCAAAGAGGGAUUUUACGGAAGCACAUGUUAUGGAACAUGUUAUGAUUCCUGUGAAGAAUGUUUUGAUGCUACCACAUGCUCAGUUUGUCCGCCUGGAAUGUAUGGAACUCUUUGUGGUGUAUCGUGUCAGUGUAACAGUAGAUGCGAUAUAGUUACUGGUGCAUGUAAAGAAGAAACCUGUCCACAUACCUGUAUACUAUGUGUUGACAGCGAUACAUGUAGGGAGUGUGUUCAUGGUUGGUUUGGUCCAAAAUGUAACUAUUUGUGUUCCAACAAAUGUAAUGAAGGAUGUGACCAAUAUUCCGGAAAUUGCAAUGCGUGCUAUCAAGGCUUCUUCGGACCACAAUGUGUCAAUCAAUGCAUAAACUGUUAUGACAGUAAUUGCAACCAAGCGGGGGAGUGUUUAUCGUGUUAUGAUGGGAAAUAUGGAUCAUUUUGUAAUACAACAUGUCCUGAGGACUGUGUUGGUAAUAUUUGUAACCAGAUGGAUGGAUCGUGUCAACAUCAGGUUCAAAGUCCUACGAAUUGUGUUACCUGUACGGACAGUGUUACAUGCACUGAAUGCAAGAACUCUUAUUACGGCAUUCUAUGUACGUUUAAAUGUAGCAGUACGUGUAAAGGUGGCAAUUGUGAAUUAGAAUCUGGACGUUGUGAGAACUGCGAAUCAACAUAUUAUGGAAACUUUUGUGAAAAUAUUUGCUCUAAGAGCUGUGCACAUUCCCAAACAGAAUCACUAUGCGACUCAUCAGGAAAGUGCAACAACGGAUGUAUUGAUGGUUUCAUUGGCGAAACGUGUACUACAGAAGCCGGUAAACAAUCACCUGUUGGGCCGGAAGAAGAAACCGGCUCUGGUUCAAUGAUCGUUGGAGCAGUUGUUGGUGCUCUUGCCGUGUUUGUUGUUGUAGCACUGGUUGUGGUGUUAGUAUUGAAGAAGAAAGGGAUUAUUUGGAAGACGCAGAAGAAGACAUAUGAAGACAUAUCGCCAGAACAGAACCAGGAUAAACCGUACACAACAUUAGACGAGACAAACACGACGUCGUAUGAGAUUCUAGAUUCUGAACCAAGGUCAAGCACGCGAAACAACGGCACAGACGAUGGCGUCUACUAUAAUGACGAAACGGCAUACUACAAGAAUGUAGGGGGGCAUGUGCAGAGGACAUGACUAACGCUUAGAAGUUUAAGCGAUGAAUUGGUCUACAAUUUCGACCAUGUAUACUACGACAAAAAUAGUAACGUUUAGAAGUUAUGACUAUGACCAGUUCUACAAUUAUUAUACACGACGAUGUAUAUAACAGUAACAUUGGAGGACAUGAGCAGGAAACAUGACCAUUGACACAUACAUGUUAUGGAUAUUGCAUUCAUUGCUUGUUUUUAACCAUGUGCCUCUAAACUAAGCCUGGUUUAUAAGACAAUAAAGCUGUGUAUCAUACUCAUUUAACGUUGGCGUUAUAACCCUUUGUAUUCUUAGGCUUGAAAUAUAUCACGACUUGACGAUGCGAAGAAUUAGAAAGGCGCAUUAUGUUAAAUGCACUAUUAUAAAGACACAUUUAAUAUAUGACAUCGUUUCUAAAGUUAUUAAUACAUAUCUAGCAAGCAAUGGCAAAUAAAGUGGUCUCCGGAAGUCUUUUUUCCUUAAAGAAAACAGUCUUUAUAUAUAAACACAAACUCAAAACAACACUUAACAUG